AUGGAAAGUGAUUUGUCAAAGUUAUGCGAGGGACUAAAGCUGACGGAAGAAGAACAACAGGAGGUGGUGGUUAGUAGUGAAGAGGUGAUAAUCUCAGAGGCAAAGAAAGGGAAGGCUGUUUUCAAAGAAGUAGGGAGGAAUAAGUUCCUGGUGGAGUUGAAGGAGAAAGCCGAUAAGAAGAGAAUCAUGCAAGGAAGACCUUGGUCGUUUGACAAAAAUCUAAUUUGCCUGCAGGAUUGUGAAGGCCACGAGUCUUGGAAGGAAAUGCAAUUCCAGCAUGAACCUUUUUGGGUGCAAUGUCAUGACCUUCCUUUUGCUGGGAUGAAUGCUAACACUGGACUUAACCUGGGCAAGUCAAUGGAGGAGGUACUCAUGGUGGACACGGAUGAUAGUGGGGUAUGCUGGGGUAGUUUCCUAAGGUUAAGAGUAAUGAUAGACCUUACAAAACCUUUGGCGAGAGGGAGAUUUUUAACUCUCGGGAACGCAAAGUACUGGAUCCCUUUCAAGUACGAAAGGUUACCAAACUUCUGUUAUCAUUGUGGGAAGAUCAAGCAUGUCACUGGUAUGUGCGACCAACUUGAUAGAGGAAAAGCCAGCUUGGAAGGCUUCAACCAACAAUACGGUGCAUGGCUAAGAACCAGUCAAAAAUCAUUUUUUGCUGAGGGUUCUCAAUCCAGAAGGGAAACAGAUCAAGGAAGGAAGUCGGGUCAUGACCAGAGAAAGGGAGAUGGAGAGGUAUAG